AUUUUUAGUUAAAGGAUACGAGUCUCUACAGGGGCCGGGAGGUCGGAUGUGAAAAGUCUUGUUUAUAUGUUAUCUACCUUUAUGGCGUAUUUUGGAUUUCGACAAAGCACGUCAACAGUGAAGUGAUAGUUAACCCUACUGUUACAAUGGCUACGGCUCCAGCUACGCGAAACCCCAAAGAUUCCAUGAAGUCCACAUGGUACACGAGCCCUAAUCGCUCGUCAUGGACUAUACACCACUGGUUCUACGAACUGUUGGAUCUGUAUCCCCUCGACCCCAACAAGCCGGUUCCCAUCCACAAAAAGACAGACAAGGUGCCUUAUGCGUCUGCAUGGCCGCAGCACAGAUGGAUUCUGCUCCAUGUUGGCAUUCCUAUGCUGCUUCACCAACUCUACAUCUACUACACGGGCAACAAUCUGAAUUCCAUUGCCGCCUUCAUCUACUACAGCGUGUGCUUCAAGUUGAUUGGAAUCCAUGAGAUUCAAGUGCUGCGCAAGAUGGGUCACAUCUGGGGAUUCUUCGAUGGCGACCAGCACCCCCGAGAUGGAGUCCCUGAUGUGGGCGUCACCAAGGUCGUCCGGUCUCUCGUGUCGACAUCUACCUUGAGAUCGAUGAUGGCCGUCCUGCUCAUCUACGACAAGAACUUCGCCCCAUCCUCGAUCAACUGGAAGUGGCUUCUCCUUGAGAUCGGCCUCUAUGGUAUCAUCCUCGACUUCUGGUUCUACUGGUAUCACCGUCUCAUGCACGACAUCCCAUGGCUCUGGAAAUACCACCGCACGCACCACCUCACCAAGCACCCGAACCCUCUGCUCACCCUCUACGCCGACUUUGAGCAAGAGGUGUUCGACAUCGUCGGCAUUCCGCUCAUGACCUUCUUUACCAUGAAGGCUAUGGGUUUUCCAAUAGGUUUCUAUGAGUGGUGGGUCUGCAACAUGUACGUGGUGUGGUCCGAACUGGCCGGUCAUAGCGGUCUCAGGCUCGUCGCCCAGCCUCCUUCCACCCUGAGCUGGCUCUUGAAAUACUUCGAUUGCGAACUCCUCAUCGAGGACCAUGAUCUUCACCACCGCAAGGGCUGGAGGAAGAGCCACAACUACGGCAAGCAGACUCGUCUCUGGGACCGCAUCUUCGGCACCUGCUACCCACGCAUUGAGGGCACGGAGGAUAACAUUGACUAUACUGCCGAUGUCAGAGUCCCUCUGUGGUAAAAUUAUCUCAUGAAACUUUCUUUUGUUUAUCUUGUGGUUCAAACAGAAAUGACAAUAGCGAAGGUUGUGGAGUUUGGAAUCCACGACCAUGCUUUGCAUGUAUAUAUAAUGGUGAUGUAGCCUCGACAUGUUUCUGUUUAUUUAUGAUACGGUGUGAUUUCUUUUGAUAUAUUCACGACAUACACAAUAAGUACGAACUACAAAAUCUCUUCGCUGCCUGGGGUGGCAAUCCCGUAGUUGGUUCCCUGGAACAGGAGCACUUUCGAGACUUCGCGAAAGAGCCAAUGGCAAGUUCACUGGCUGAAGAGCA